AUGCGACUAACAUUCAACCGAACAGCUUCGGCAUUAUUGCUAAAUUCGUCAUGUGGUAAUGUUGGUGAAAAUCUUGUUUUAUUAUUUUUCGUUCUCGGCUGUAUUUUAACCAUAAUUGGCACUUUGCUGAAUCUUUGUUCGUGUUUACUUUUUUACCGUGCAAAAUCGUUGGACAAAACUCCUUAUGGGAUUUUUAUUAUCGCAUUAUCCAUCGCUGAUAUAGUGAAGCUUAUCGCUGAGUAUGUCGUGCAUAUUCUCUACUUUUACAUUGAUCAUCGAUAUCUCGUUUGUUCAAUCACGUGGUUUCUUACAUUGAGUAGUGAAAAUUUAUCGUAUUUAUUCCUAUGCGCAUUGGGGAUUGAACGUAAUUUAAAAGUUUGGAUUACUGAUCGUCGUUGUUUAAUAACUCGUCGACGUGCAUGUACAAUAUCGAUGUUUUUGAUUAUAUUUGUGGUAAUUUACGAUCAUCCAUUUCUCUUUUUACCUUAUAAUGUUUCGUAUUGUUUUGUCAAACUUUUCAACUCACAAAUUUUGUUUUCAUGUGAUAAUGCACAUUAUAAAUCAUAUGGUUAUUCGUAUUCAUUAACUGAUUUGAUCUUUAUUGAAAGUAUUGGUUUGAAUAAUUUUAUUUUACCGAUUUUAAUCAUUUCGACGAAUAUUGUGUUAAUCCUCGGGUUGCGUCGUCGAGCGUAUCAACGGCGGAUUCGUUUAGGAACGCGUAAACAUAAAGAUUGGCGAGAACAAAGCGUGAUUUUAUAUGUUUUCCUUUCAAGUAUCACUUUUGUAUUUUUAACAACACCGACGGGGGUUUUAAAUGCCUUAUCAGCUGUACAUAACCAGAAAAUGGCGACAAAUAAUAUCGCAUUGGUCUUAGAAUUAAUGGAAAUUCUUCAUCAUUGUUCUCAUUUCCCUAUUUUAUUAAUGACAAGUUCGGUAAUUCGUUCAAAAACAUUUCAAAUACUUUUUCAUCCUCGUCAAACACAACGAAGUUCAGUUAGCUCAAGAUUUUCAGGUCAACCACGUAUUCUGUCAGCAUCCUUAAGUCAAUAA